AUGGCUUCCCCUUUCGCUAAUGUCGACGAGUUUUAUGCGCCUAAUGUGUUGGAUCUCUUAGCAAUGUUCUUUAUUUUACUAUGGAUAGUGUUGGCAUUAUUUCAGUUAAUAUCUAUAGCUACUGGGUAAGUAGUUUGGCGUUAAGUAGUCGUAAAAUGUUUGUUGUUCGCUUUUCAUUAAUUUCAUGGCUUUGCGUUUCUUUAUAAGCAACUGAUAUGCAAACGUGUACUCUGAAAUAACAAUCUCCUCUAUUGUCAUUGUUUUCUUUGUUUAGAAAAAUUUACCUCCACAAGUCGGUCGCCGUUGCUAACAAUAAAGAUUUACCGGGAGUUUCAAUUUUGAAGGUUAGAGCUUGUUUAAAAAUGCAUGUUUACGAUCGAGCUGCCUAAUUUAAUCCUAAAUUGUGACAAUGCUUCCCCUGCAGGGCUUGUUUAAUUUGGUAUUGUCAUAUUGUAAUUUUGCAAGUUGGUGUUUGAGAACUAUUCAUCUCAUUCAGCUUUCUGCCUUUCUUAAUUUUCAGCCUCUAGUUGGGGAAGAACCGAAUCUUAUAAAAAAUCUCCAAACAUUUUUUGAACUAAAUUACCCUAAGGUAAGAACGUUUUCUCUAUAUAUCGUUAUCAUUCGCUCAUAAUUUUUCCCAUCCUUGUUAAGUAGCGAAAUGAGAUAAGGUCACACCUUUCUUUCUUUUUUUCCUGUUCUCCUACAUUUUUACGGGAAUCUCAUUUUUAUGCAGUAGAAUCGAAAUUGUGGUAAACAUUUUAGCGUAUGCUACGUCAAGCGUGAAUGAUGCUAAAUUCUUUAUACAAUUUUGAAGUAAGCAAUUUGCAUUUAAGCUUGAGUUUAAAUCCCGAUGGACGAAUGAAUUGUUUUUUUCAGUUUGAAAUUCUUUUCUGCGUACAAGAUGAACUAGACCCAGCUGUGAAAAUUGUCCGUCAGCUGAUGGAGGCGUACCCUUUAGUGAAUUCAAGGCUGUUCACAGGUGGGUCGUUAGUAAUAAUUUUAUUGCAGAAGACAUAACACCUAUUGGAGCUAGUAGAAUCGGCCACAACCACAAAGUUAACAGAGUUUUAAAACACUCAAUUCUUAAAGAAUGCAUGUGUAUAUUUUUAAAACUCCCUCGUGUAAAUCGGAAUUUCAUUCAUUCUUAAACAAAUACUUCAAAAUAUGCUUGCUAAAAACGAGACGGAUAUUUAAAUGAUAGUAGUAAAUUAUAUGCUAGCAUAUGGAAGAAAUUUCUAGCAAUAUUAUUUUAUAUGUAAAACAUUAAUUUAUCUAUUUUAAAUCCAUGAAAAUUACAGCUUUUGUUGCAGAGAUAUAGUUUUUUUGUUCAUCUUUGUGACAGUUUAUGAAAUAUUCACCAGCAAUAAUUAACUGGGUGCCAAUUCUCCAACCUCUUUUUAGCAUAAAUUUGAACAAUGUCGCUGUUGGUUUUAUUUUCCACAACAGUUAUGUCUGCCGUUGGAUUACUUUGUAGAUACCUUAGUAACUGCUGAUGGUAUUAAUAAAACCACACAAUGACAAAAAUAUGAAAAUAACAUUGAAUUUUAAUUCUAAUAACAUUUUAUUUUUAUUUUGAUAUAAGUAGAGCUUACAAGGAAGGAAAUGUAUUUUAUUUUUAUAAAUAAGUGGAUCAGUUUGUGUGUAGGGAUUAUCUUUCAUGUUGUAACAGAUGGUACUAGAUUGAUACAAAUUAUGCAAAUUUUACUCAGUUCUCAAAAAUUACCAUUUGAAUCAUUGCUUACCAUGCUUUGUUUGUGUGGUUUACUGUUCCAUUUGUAGAAAACUGUCUUUGUAAGUGAUGAAAAUAGAAACUUUCACAUGUUACUACAAUGUUUUUUGUAUUAUUUUGUUCUUCAGCCUGAACUUAUUUGGGGCAUUUUUUUUCUUGAAAGCAGUACAUAGUUACACUCUUUUUCAAAUAAUACCGUAUAUCAGUUUUAUAUAUUUUAAAUGUCCUUAAGUUUUCUUUUAAUGAAAUCAGCAUAGACUAUGCAAUAAGCUAAUACAUCUUGUGUUUCAGUUUUGUCUUUGGUUUGAAUUCUAUUUUCCUUUGUUCUUUGGUAUGGUUAUGUAAUUAUGAAAAUGAAGUUGACAAAGAAAAAAGAAAACAAAAUUUGAACCAAGGACAAGGAAUUGAACCACAACACAUCCAUGUCUAAUGUAGAGUUAACAUAUUAUUGUCAUGUAUUCUGGAAGGUAAUCAGUUGACAAAUUAGAGGACAGAAAGUAAUAGCAAUGAAGUUUGAAACAGCAAGAAUUUACUUUUUAAGUGACAUGUUCCCUGCUUUCACCCUUGUUGUUGCGUAAACUCCCUAAUGAAGCUAAUGAAUAUGUGGCAUGCAUCCAACUUAUGGUUAUGAAAUCUACUCUUGAAUUGAAACACUUUUUUUUCUUGGAUACAAUCAUGCAAGGGUACAUGUAGAUUAUUUUCAAUGCACUUUUUUUUUUCCCUUUUUUUUUGGAACCAUGAAAUUUGGACAUCUAACCAGAGGUGGUCUAAUUUUAAAAUUGCCUUAUUUAUCUACUCUAUAUUUACAACCUUGUUUAUGUUUAGUAUAAUUUUUGAAAACCAAUCAGGGUUCUUGAUUUUAAUUAGGCAGCUUUAUUUUUGGGCUAGAUAACUGAUUUUACCAUCCUUCACUAAAUAAUGAGAGGAAGAGCUCUGUAGAGAAGCCAGCCCAAACAGUGAAGUACUUGGUAGUGAUUUUCCUCAGCCGCCAGCUAAAUUUUAACUGUGUUUAUUAAUGCAACAACAUUCUCAUAGUUUAAGUAGGGCAACCAUUAGAUCUGGACAUUUUUCAACUUCUUUAUUGAUAAUGGGACAAUGGUUUUUCAAUAAGCAAUGACAGCAAACAAAAAGUGUUGGCUAUUUUGCUCAGAGAAGUUAGCUGCUUUUUUCCUUUCAUAAGGUGACUAAUAAAAGCCACUUUCAAUUUUUUUUUUAUCGGUUAGUCUACUGAAACGAUCUGCCUGCUUUAAAAUUUUAUUGAAACCCUUGAUAUAAAUUACAGUAAGUAGUGUAAAAAGUAAUUAAAAUGUUGUGUGCAUAAGGACCGUCAAAUGUGUUGCUUGAUUUACAAUCAAAUAUAAGGCAGCUUGACAGGAGUGUCAGAUUAGUCACGUAAAGCCUUUUUCCCAUCUGUGAUGUAGCUGAGCCCAGCUGGCUGCUGGGGAAUUUCACCAGCUCUAAAUGAGCUACAUUUGAUGUCGCCUGAUUCUCAGACAUCCGCAGUCGUUUGCUGCCCCUUUGGGAGAGGGAGAGAAGCGAAGGGGCCGAGUGACCUCUGACGUCUGAGAAUCAGGCUACUUUUGGCACACAUUGCCAGAAAACUAAAAGACAUGGGGUAAUUUUGAAGGUGCAGUUUAGUCAAAAUCCAGCAGAGCUAAUAAAUAAGCGUGCCUAGCUGUUCCUUAGCAACAUACUAUUGUGUCUUUUUUCCACUAAAAAGGGCAAAGUAAUGCUCAAUGGAUAGCAAUGAGUUAUUAAAAGAGGGACACAAUUUUGAUGAUUUCUUCCACACGGAAAGUUGUUCAUAAUGUAACGUGUGGGGACUUGAGAUGGAAAGUUGAAAUAAAUAUGGUAUUACCAGUGAUAUUAUUAAUAGAUAAGUUGUUGAUAUAUUACACAUCAGGAUACAUCAGCAUGCAAAGAAAGUGGUGUCUGAUAGCCCGGGGCUAGUGGAUUUUGCUAUCAGGCCAGUGAAUUCUGUUCUUAACUUGCCCAACUGGCAAGUGAAGUAUGUUGAGGAAUUCAACUUACAGAAGAACUGUGAAAUCAAUUCUGCUCAUCAAAAAAUUUUGGGCUAGUAAAUGCUAGCUUCAGCUUGCCCAAUUGGCUAACUGUAAAAAUGACUUUCUUUGCACCCUGAUAAAUUUACAUUUAUAGAAUUUUCCUUGGAGUGUUUCUUAUCUAACUGAAUAAGUUCUAAGAAACUGGUUGAGAGCUAAAAAAACUGAUACACUGUACCACAUAUAUAUAUGCUUGCUCUUAAAUUUUAAUGCUAUAAUCAAUUGUUUUUUUUCCUUUGGCAGCUGCUAAGACAAUUGGAGUAAAUCCAAAGAUAAAUAACAUGAACCAAGGUUACAAAGCAGCAAAAUAUAACCUUCUGUGGAUUUGUGACAGUAAUAUUAGAGGUAAUUUCACUGCGUGAACAAGAAUACAAUCAAACUGCCCUUAUGCAACCCCUCCAAGUGUCAAGACUCAGCAGUUAUUUACAUUACAUUAUCAGGAGGUGCUCUCUUACAAGAGUUUGGCCACAAGGAAGAACAGGACCAAUUCAUCAAAAAUAAUAUUUAUUAUUGCGGGUCCCUCUUGUCACCUGCAAUCCUAAUCUCCAGGUCGUUAUUACACAUGCGUUGCAUGUAUGUGUUCAGCAUUCAUUUGGACUCCCACUAAGAAUGAAUUGAAUGCAAAAAACGCAAUUUGAUCGCGUGUGUUUCGACCUUCUACCCCUCAUAGUCUGAUCAUGUGGGUUUUGACCAUCUGUAACGUGAAACUUACACAAAGCACAGUGUUGGAGCAAAAGCGUUUGGACCUUCGAUUGUUGUCGCCUGCACUCCUGUAACCUUUGGCUAUUACUAGUAUUAGUUUUAUAGAGAGAUUAUUGUGAGCAAUUUCUGAGUUACAGUACAAGCACUGCAUGCCAUCAAUAAAACUGCCUUGAAUAUAUUGAGUUGUCUAGUACAUAAAACAACCUUCAGAUAUCAAGAAAAAACUCUUGUAAUAAAAAAGAAAAGAAAAAGGCAUUGAGUUAUCAGGGCUUGAGCAUUGUUGCAUUGUUUGACUUGUGCUGGUAGAGCAACUUGGCAUCCAUCAAUUAGUCCUUUAGGAGGUAAAAAAUAAACAACAUUGUCAACCCAAAAAAAUGUCUCAGUCAGCAACGAGUCAUGGUUGCUUGUGGGAGGUUCCAACUGUAGUACUUUGAAGUAAACAUUUUGACAUUUUAGUGUGGUUGCUCUCAAGGGGUGAUUUUCCAAUGUGCUGGGGACCUGGUCAUUACCAUUAUCAUGGUCAGAUUGAUGACUGUUAGUUUCACAAUGAUGUCAAGGCUGCCGCCUAAGAGAAUUUUUUGGCAGCCCCAAAUAAAAAGUUAGGAGCCUGAGUCACAUUUUUAGCAACCAAUUGAUCGAUGAACUGAAAUAAGUAAGCAGAUGCUCAAAACUCUAUUCAGGCAUCUCGAAACAUGAUUCAUUCAAGUUUUGAAUUUUUAGAAAAGUGCAUGUUUGUUUACUUUUAUCAGUGGAAAUUUUUUGCCGACGGUCGACGAACACAUGUUUUCAUUUUCGUUUCAAAAGCGCAAAAUACGCAGGGAAUUCUGUCAUUCCUUCAUUGGAAGUAAGCAUAGAGGCUGCUGCCAUUAGAACUAUAAGUUUAAGGUGCCCUUACGGACUCCUUGUUUAAAAUUUUAGUCACCUGCCAGCAAAUCAUAGAGCCUCUGGCAACUGGACACCCAUUAGGCUGCAGCCUUGGAUAUUUGUUAUACAUGGUGCACAUGAUAUGGAAUUUUUUUUUUUUCUCGCCUUUUUGAAUUUCCACUCUCUUAGUCUCUUAAUGCCAUGAUUUUCGGAAUGAUAUUAUUCAAUGCAUUUCCAUUCUAUACUCCACAUCAGUUCCAUUAACAAUGUGAUAAUUACUGUUUAGUCCACCAGGGCACUCUGACAGAGUUAGUAUCACAUAUGGGACCAGGUGUCGGAAUGGUGCAUCAGGUACUAAAAUUAAUAUGAAAUAUUAUUGUAUAGUGACUUCAUGAUUCCUGACAGCCAUUCCAGUGUAAACCCAGGCCAAACCAAUCAUCUCACCUACUUUAGUUACAGUGUAUGAUCACAAGUUAAAGAAAGAUAAUUAUCAAAACUCACUGUAUAAGUUAGUAAUGAUUUCUUGUCUUUUGUUUUUGUCCUUUGAUCAGAUCCCUUUUGUUACUAACUGCUUGGAUUUUGCUGGUUGUGUAGAUAAGGUGAGAUACAAAAGAAUAUUCAUGAACUCAGAUUGUGGAACUCUUUUAAUGUAUAUGCUACAGAUCAAAUUUGAUUUCAGGUUAAUUUUGAUUUAACCUAGAUUGAUUCUCAAUUUCCCUUGUCUCCUACUGCUUAAAGACAAAAGAAAUUAAGAGUCAAACUAGGUUAAAAGAACAGGGUUCGCACCACCUCAGGGUUCAGGGUUCACACACACCUUGAAAGUCCUUGAAUUUUAAAAUACAAAUUCAAGCCCUUACUUGAAAGUGCUUGAAAAUUGUAGUCGGUGCUGGAAAGUCCUUGAAUUUCAAUCCUAACUUUAUAAUUUAAAUAGAACUCCAAAGGAAAAAGAGCAAACACAGAAAUACCCUGGGGAUAAAAUUACUCAUGUUCUGAAAGAACUAAAAAAGACAUAGACUCAAGGCGCUUUUUGCACUGAAUGGUCAAUGGUGUCCUUGAAAAAUGGGAAAUGUGUCCUUGAAAGUCCUUGAAAAGUCGUUGAAUUUUUUGCUCAAAAAAGGGUUCAAACCCGAAAGAUUUUAACCUGAAAUAAGAUUAAUUUUGACCUCUGGGCUGUUGCUAAAAUUUCAAGUUGCUGGGUACAUCCAAUUAGUAGGCAGGGAAUUGAACAGCUAGGAAGUCCCUUUGGUUUUAUUUUUCUUUUGUUCCCUGUGAAAGUAGCCGGGGAUUAUACUCAUAGUUGCUAGGAGAAAUGCCCGGCCCUGGCCCUAAGUGACAGCGAGGCUGUGACCUGUAAUAUAUGAUGUAGUUAUUAUUAUUAUUUUUUUAUCUCAAGUAAUUUUUAUUAUUUCUUCUUUUGUUUCAACUUCCAUAGCAUACAUCACCAUAGCCAAUAACAAAAGAACAAACAAAUAUUACCUGAGAUAAAAUAAUAACUACAACAUAUACUGUCAUCUGAUUCUCAACUAAUACUGGCCAUAAAUUAAAAUACAGUUGCUAUGAGUGACAUAGAACAAGAUAUUAAUUAGGAGUCUUCACAGCCAAUAGUUAUCAUCACGGCUUAACUGACAGACGGCCAAUAACAUCACAACGUAAUUGACCAAUCAGAUCAAUAACCAGAGUAUAAUACCAUGAACUGACGUGAUACAACUCACUUUGACUCUGAAGAUGACUAUCGCAUAGGUUGUCAAAACAUCAGUCACUGUCAACAACAACAGUUCCGUUCAGGACUACGUUCACCCAGACAAUCAAACUCAACCUACUUUUGAAAUGACUCCUGGGUUCAAACCUUUCACAAUAGAACAAGAUGCAGGUUUAUCAAGACUGCCAUGAUAAUAAUCCUAAUGAACAACUCUCAACAGGUAUAUUUUGGAACCCAGCAUGCAUUUGUCUACCUGCUUGCUUACAGCCUGGGAACUCUGUGUGCUAAUGGAAUGUCAAGCCUGUACAGUAAACCACUUCUAGAUGAAUUAGGUACAUGCUUUGAUAACUUAUUAACCCUUUAAACCCCAGUAUCCACAUACAAAUUCUCCAAACUGAUCUCUAUACAUUUCCUUAAAGAAUAAGUAGAGAGAAUUUGAUAAUAGAUCAAGGCAUUUUCUCUUGUGUGAUUAUUUUAUUAAUUCUCAUAACUUAUCUCUUAACAGUGUAUGGAUAUUGUUUGGAGAAAUUUGAUCUUGGUAACUAUUGGGACUUAAGGGUUAAGAACAGAAACUAGAGCUUAAUGUGUGCUACUAGUAUCAAUAAUUAUGUGAGGGUCAGAAGUUGAUGUGACUCUUUACCUGUAAUAAAUGCAUGCACUUGCUGUUCAAAAAAGAAGAAAAUUUAAAAAAAAAAGAUACUGCAUGAGGUGUAGCCAAGUGGAGUAUGAAGAUUUUCAAGUUCAUCUCGCUACAGCCAAUAGGGAGCUUAAGCAAUGACGACAACGACAGCAGGAAGAACGGCAAUAAACUAACAGGUUUAGAUUGGCAAAAUAACAUUUUUGCACGUGCAUCACACUUUUUUGUACAUUUCUUUGCGUGAACCUUGUUGAUGUACUUAUCUUUGGUUCCACAUUCAUUACAAAAGACUACUAGUAAAUUGGUUAACAUCAUUGAUUUUUUUCUCUGCGUAUUUUGCAUACAGGUGGUCUGGAGGUAUUUUCUUGCUACAUUGCAGAAGAUUAUUUCAUAUCUAAAGCUAUAUUCAAUAGGUUAGUUCACUAUGCUGUUUGUCCAAACUAGUCGCCAAUGAAUAAUAGCUUAACAGACUUCUAAAGAAUUGCGAUAAUCUAGAGGCUAUUUCUAUUUACAGGGCACAUUCAUAAAAAUGGAAGAGAUUAAUAAAACAAUUUUACAAGACUUAAACUUGAUGCAAAAACAUAUUGAUGUUUUACCAACCCAACAUCACAAUAACAGAACAUAAGCAGUGAUUUUGUUACAAAUAGUUAUGGUGAAUCCUGAGACUCAUCUUGUGAAAAUCAUGAGUCCCAGUCCAGAACCAAUGAGUCCCAGUUAAAAAAUAAAGAAUCUGGGAUUGAAAAUACUUGGGCCUUUAUGUAAUCAGAUAGUUAGUCUGGAGACAGACUCCAAAAGUCUGUAUUACAGUACACUGAAAUUAAAAUAUAGUUCUUCUAUUUUAAUGCACAACAGAGGCUAAAAGAAAUAUGCAUCCUUAAACAACAGUCGUAAUAAAUGCCACAGAAAUUACGCAAACAGGCCGGAUAUGUCUACAAAUACACAAUUUCAAAUCAAUACAUUGAUCUUUUGCGUCCUAUGGGAGGCAUGCCAUGAAUUAUUUGGGGAUUUUUAUGCGUCAGGGAUGCAGGACGCAGAGCUAACAAAAUCACUGCACAAGCAGUAACAGCUUUUGGUUUCCAUGGCAACUGUAUCUUCAAAGAAGAGAGCUGUAGGGAAUCUUCAUUUAAAAAAUUUUUGAGUCGUUUAUUUUACCAAAGCGUUUUUUUUUCCAGGUAUCUUAAUUUGUAUUGUUUAAAAUAGUGAAAAUUAAGUCCCACAAAGAUGAGUGACAAUAACGUAUUUGAUCAUCACAUUAAUUCUCACAGGGGAAUGAAAGUAAUUCUUAGCUGUGAUCCAGCCAUGCAGAAUCCAAGUCAUUACUCUCUUCUAAGAUACCAACAAAGAAUGGUCAGGUAGGUUUAUACGUAGACUAGUAAAUAUUAUAUAGUUCCUGUAUUGCGUUUUCCCAGGCCUUCUCGGUCAAUUCACUUCGGUGACAUAUCCAAGGCAAACUGUCAGGAAACAGAAUGCGCAUGUGUGAGUUGCUUUUUGAAAAUGUCAUCGUUUCUGGAGCUCUUCAAGAUCUUGCACAAGAUUUUGUAUUUUCAUUACAAGAAGAGAAAUUUCCUAUCUCCAAGUAGCGGUGUAAUAUUCUACUGAUCAUAUAAAUGAAAGCUCCCUUGGUAUUUCAUUCGUGUCUUUAUAGUAAAUGUCUGUAUAACGGCUUCUAUUGCAGAUGGACCAGGUUACGUCUUACCAUGGAACCCUUUCCGGCCAUAUUUGAACCUCUAACUGAGAGUGUUGUAAUUGGUUUGCUCGCCAGCUGGGCUAUGUCCUAUUUAUGGGAGUUCAGUGCUGCUCUUAUGUUCAUUAAACACAUCUUGGUGUGGUUUGUCUUGGAUUUUAUCUUACUCAGAUGUAUUCAGGGGGUGAGUGAGUUUUCUUUGUUAGUCAUCAGUGCUCGAAAUUAACUUUUGGGUCUGGUCUUCCGCAGGACCAGUAGGAUAAAAUUUUCUGGUCCAUUAGCAAAACUACCGAUCACUUUUAUCAUUUUCAGUUUUUUUCGUUCCAAUCCACUCAGUUCAACAUACUUUGGCUCACGUUUUAAUUCACCAAAGGAAAACAGAUACGAACCUUCGAAACGAAAUUACAAAAGCCCCCAUCUUGUAUCCCACAGGGGAUUUUGUUUCAAGUAGAACCCGGACUUAUUCGGCAAGAGAAUGCCUAGCACUUUUUUGCCUGUUCGUUGUUGAAACGUUUGCCUUUGGCAAUUCUUCGUUUGUUUCAAGGCUUUUACCACUUUUUGGUACGAUACCAAAAAAAAUUUCAUGUAUUUCUCAGAGUGAUACCUCUACUCGUCCAGAGGACUAGUCGGAAAGAAACCUUUUCGUUGUGAGAUUUUUUUACUUGUUUUUAACGAGUGGACGACCGUGAAGUUAGAGCACUCAGUGUCAUGUUAAUGAAGAGCUGGAAGAGAGGUUAUUUUGAGGACGCACCUCAACCGGAAGUUUUGCUUUUUCCCUUUUGAUAUGCUUUGACUCUACCAAUUUGUUUUGCUAACGGUUUUAACUGUUAUGGAGACAGUUUGCCCAAAAAUUUGAGCAAAACUAUUGCCCAAGUUGUGAAAGUCCAUUUCCCUUUGACGUGCGCGAUGAAGAUGUUAUGAUAUUGCUAGGCAUGAUAAAUUUUUGGGCGACUUGACUAAAGAUUUCGGGCGAAAUGACUCUCGGGCGACUGGACCGCAAACCUAUCAGGGUAACGGUUCGAAAAAACUUGAAUUCCAGCUUGUCCUUUGGGCAAGUAACUCUCACAUUUUACUUUCCAAGGGCCACUUCUUGCUCGUCUUAGUUUAUGUUUUUGUUAGAGGAUGACUUUCCUGGGGCAAGUGAGCUUUAAAGAUUACUUGCGCAGCAACGAGAAAAUCUACUUGUCCCCGACUACUGGACGAAAAUUUUUCCGAGUCCUGCUCGCUACGUUCGAGUUCGCUAUCUACGUAUUCGUGUCGCUGCCUAUUGGCAAAGUCCAAAACUUACUCCCUCGGAGGGGCAAGCUUAAAAGAACGAUAAACAUAUUAAAAGAUUUUUUUUUUCUAGAGCGAUUAAGGGAAUAUUUUCAGUGGUUCACAGAAAGUAAUAUGUGGCGAAUUUGUUGUGAACUAGGACGUAGCGAAUGCGACAAGCAGCGAAACGGGUUGUCCUGCUUAUUGAAUACCCUCCAUGUCAGCUAGGGUUUUAAAAGAAGAAUGACUGCUUAUUGGUUUUCCCUUUUUAGCCCAACAACCCUUUGCCACCUAUGUGGAAGCUCUUUUUAGCAUGGCUUUUCCGGGAGUUCUCCUGGAUAGUGUUCUUUCUCCAGGCAGCGUGUGGCCGUGAAAUUGAGUGGCGAACGUCUCAUUUCGUUCUUAAGCUUGGUGGUAAAGCUGAGAGGCUGCAAGAGAAGUCCCAAGAUCUGAAUAAUCACUGCUGCUGA